AUCAUGCCAGAUAGCGGUGAACUUAUAUUCACCCUUCGGUUACUUCAACGUGAUUAGGUGGGCCACAUAUGAGAUUGGAUUCAGAAUGGCAGGGAGGCAUUGUGCUCAUAAUCUGAGGGGAGAAAACAUUGAUCCCAGUUGAGUAUCCUGAGGUGGGGAGAGUAAGAGCUGGUGCUCUACUCACUGUAAUGAAGAGACAGAGAUCCUGGGGGGACAGGGAGCUCCUGGGGGGGAACACAGAUGACAACACAGACUACAGUGAACAGGAUGAGUCCUUGUCUCUGAGGUCGUCUUGGUCCCUGGCGGACACCAUGAACUACGUGGGCCAGCUGGCAGGACAGGUGCUGGUAACCGUCAAAGAACUGUACAAGGGCAUUAAUCAGGCCACAUUAUCGGGCUGCAUCGAUGUUGUGGUUGUCCGCCAGAGAGAUGGCACUUACCAGUGCUCGCCAUUCCACGUGCGCUUUGGCAAGCUGGGGGUACUGCGCUCCAAAGAGAAAGUGAUUGACAUCGAAGUGAAUGGAGAGCCAGUAGAGCUGCACAUGAAGCUUGGGGACAACGGAGAGGCCUUUUUUGUAAAGGAGGCCGAGGAACUGAAUAUUGUCCCCGCCCACCUGGCCACCUCCCCGAUCCCCACGGAGAGUCACCUGUUCUGGAUCUCGGAGGUGGAGCACAGAGCCCCAAAAGGUCUGGAGGAUGACCCCGCAGACCCAGAAGACCCCCCCGAGCCUCCUGCUCCGAGCACCGGGUCCACAAAAAAGAAGAAGAAACGGAGGAAGAAGCACAAAGGAGACCCCCGAAGAGAGGAGCUGACCCCGCCCAUGUCGGUCACCACUGGAAACGCUAUCGCUGCUAACAUACCUGCUGCUACGACUGCUGCUAUGUCCAGCGCUGGGCAAAAUGAGGAGAUCUUUGAGAUGGACCUGAGCUCUGACGAGGGGGGAUCAGCACAUGUCUCAAGGUCACCUUCACUGUCCACAAUGCGAGACAUUGACCCCAAACUACCUGCAGCCAGACACAACAUUGAUGGUUAUCCGCUGUCUGAUGGGGACUGGCCGUCACAUGACAGUCAUGGCUUGUCUCAGGCCUUUUCCCCAAAGAGUGACUCUGAGCUGAUGGUCCGGCCCUCAGAGAGCAUGCUCAGAGCCGAGUCCCACAUGCAGUGGACCUGGGGGGAGCUCCCAGAAACCACCAGGGUCCCCAAGAAGGAGAAAGCAGAACUACUAAAAACAGUGAGGAUCACCCCAUCAGAGAGCACCCACUUCCGGGUCAUCCUCAGCUCUGAGGCCAUGGAGGAUGACUCUGAGAUUGAAAGGGGAGACGCGUCCUCCUCCUCCUCCUCAGUGUGUACCAUCGUCAAACCCGAGCCACGGACCCCCAUCACCACUUUAACACCCGUGAUGCCUCUGGAAUCCAUCGACAUCAUAACCUCUGAGAGUCCCCUGACCCCCACAGAUCCUCUGGAUGUCCUCCCACCCAAUGUGGCAACUUCCACCCCUUCCAACAGCCAACUGAGCGACUCGCCCUCUAAGAAGAAAGGUGUCCCAAAGAGGAGCCAGCAUCAGGGUCCUGAGGAUAUCUACCUAGAUGACCUGAAUGUACUUGAACCUGAUGUUGCUGCACGAUAUUUCCCUAAGAGUGAGUCUGAGGCAGCUACAAAGCUGUGGAUGGACUCUGAGAUGCACUCCGGCUCUCAGUCUCCUCAGUCGGUGGGCAGCGCGGCGGCUGACAGCGGCACAGAGUGUCUUUCUGACUCAGCGAGUGACCUCCCCGACGUCACUCUUUCUCUGUGUGGAGGCCUCACAGAAAAUGCUGAAAUAUCCAAAGAGAGGUUCAUGGAGCAUAUCAUCAUCUAUAGUGAAUUUGCUGAAAGUCCAGCAAUUAUCGAUAACCCCAACCUGGUAGUAAAAAUAGGAAAUAGAUAUUAUAACUGGACAUUAGCUGCACCCUUGAUUCUGAGUCUACAAGCAUUUCAGAAGAACUUACCAAAGGCUACAGAGGAGGCUUGGAUGAAGGAGAAAAUGCCAAAGAAGUCGGGCCGCUGGUGGUUCUGGAGAAAAAGGGCAGACAGUUCAAUCAAGCAGUCGGAGACUAAGCUUGAAACAAAGGAGGACUCUCAUCUGGAGGAAGAAGGAGCCUCCAUGUCUCAGGAGAAACUGCCCCUGCCGCCUAAAGCCGGAGACUCCUCUAGUGAUGAAGAGGCCAAGGAGGUGAGCGCUGCUUCCUGUCAGGAGAGACUGCAGCCAGUCGAUGUUCAGCACCACCCGAGCCCCCCCACUUACAGGAAGUCACUACGCCUGUCCUCUGACCAGAUAGCCAGUCUGAAACUGAAGGAGGGACCUAACGAUGUGAUGUUCAGCAUCACCACCCAGUACCAGGGCACAUGCCGCUGCGAGGGCACCAUCUAUCUGUGGAACUGGGACGAUAAAGUCAUUAUCUCUGACAUCGAUGGCACCAUCACCAAGUCAGACGUGUUUGGACAGAUCCUGCCACAGUUGGGGAAGGACUGGACCCACCAGGGCAUUGCCAAGCUCUACCACUCAGUAGCUGAGAACGGCUACAAGUUCCUGUACUGCUCAGCGCGAGCUAUCGGUAUGGCGGACAUGACACGAGGUUACCUGCAGUGGGUCAAUGACGGAGGCACCAUUCUCCCCCGGGGACCCCUCAUGCUGUCUCCCAGCAGCCUCUUCUCCGCCUUCCACAGGGAGGUGAUUGAGAAGAAACCAGAGAUCUUCAAGAUUGAAUGCCUUACAGAUAUCAAGAACCUGUUCCAGCAUAACAAGCAGCCAUUCCACGCCGCCUUUGGGAAUCGAGCUAAUGAUGUGUUUGCCUAUAAGGAGGUGGGAGUCCCAGUGUGUAGGAUCUUCACUGUCAACCCCAAGGGAGAGCUGAUCCAGGAGCAGACCAAGGGCAACAAGUCCUCUUACAGCAGGCUGAGUGAGCUGGUGGAGCACGUGUUCCCUCUGCUGAGUAAAGAGCAGAACGAAGCCUUUGUGCUGCCGGAGUACAGCUCUUUCUGCUACUGGAGACAGCCCAUAGCCGACAUCGACCCCGAGGAACUGGUCUAAUCCGGCACUAUGGAGAUCCAGGUGCCCAUAUACAUGCAAAUAGACUGUGCACUUGAAUGCAUCUCCAGGAGACACAUGGACUGAAACACAAACUCUCCUGCAUCCUACAGACACACACACACAAAGGGUUAUGACCAUUAACACAAACUAGCUGUUAAACAGUAAUCACCCAUUAGAGAUAGCUGGAAGUUUUCUCACAGAACAGUAAAUCCUGAUGAAUAAUGCCUGAGAACUUUCAUCCCUAGCAGACGAGAGACAAAUCCUGAGGGAAGAUGAUCAUCUAAUUGAAGACAUCCGAACCCAGCGAGAGAUCUGUCCUCCCCGUCAAAGUGCAGCGAUAAAGAUCUGAGCAUAAUCUUUGUUCUCUGUAACUUCUAUAAACAGGAUGGUCUGCACUUCCCAUCAGGGACCGACUGAAGCCCCACACGAGGCAUUCGCCUUCAGCACUAGAGUCUGCAGAAGGAAAAUACAUAUUUCUUGAAUCACGUUUUUUUACAUUUCCUGAAUGCCCUGACUAAGCCAAGUGAUAUGUUCAAAGCAAAGAAGACGCACAGGGUAGGCAAUAAACACUGGCCACUAGUUAUAUGCUGGUAAUAUUUAGCUGUGGCUGCUAUGUUUGCAUAGACACAGGUCUCCAGUCCUUUCUCUGUUCUAAAACAUAAAGUAUUGAAUAGGGGAUCCCUGCUUCACCACCUAUGGACCAAGCCUUGUCUAAAAAAAUCAUGUUUCCAUAUGAAAGUGCAAUGCCAAUUAUGUACAUUUAUUUUUGACCUGGAACAAAUAUGUUUUCAAAGUCUUCAGAAGUUUGCAUAUAAAUGAGUUGGUCAAUUAUAGGAUUGACCCCCAAGAGACUGCUGUUUGUUAACCAUGUGAUACUAAAAGUCUAUGUUGACCUUUUUCCUACUUUGCUUCAAUAACCACAACAACAAGCCAAACCGUGAUCUUUUUUUGAACAAAACCAAGUCUGGUUUGUUUAAAUUUACAAAAAGUAAAAACUUUGUCACUGAGAAAAAUACGUUUCUGCAAAAACACAAUUGGGAAUGCAGUUUAAUUGUACAGGAAUGUUAUGUUGUAGGAGACAAAAUAAGGGUUAUGUGAGCCAUACACAGCAGUUCAUUUCUCCCAAACUUUGUGUAGGUGUUCAGUUUGGUUGCUGACUCUGGAUCUGUUCAUUAGUUUGCCGUUUGCUGAUCACCACUUCCCCUGCAGAACUUACCACGUUCAUAGCUAAUGAGUCAUGUUUGUUACCGUUAAUAUUCAAGGUCAUACCAGGGGUACAUUUUUGCCAACAAGUAUGUGAAAAUACACAGUUAGAUGAAGGAACUCAUUGUAUUUUGUGUAGCUGUUAUUUUAAUAUGAUUAUUCUGUUCUACAAGCUCUGGCGAAAUCAAGUGUGUUUUGUUAACAAUGCAGUCAUUAUUUAUAAUAAUUGGUAUGUUUAAGUUAUUGAUUUCUAUCGUGAUGCCUUUGCUUGUCUGAAAAAGUAAUUUAUUACCAAUGCAUUGUGGAAAUACUUCAAAAUGCUACUUUGUAUGGUUGGCCAUUGGGUAACAUGCACUUAACAGUAACUGCUCGGCCUUGUAUGGUUUCUUUUUUUGCCUUGUAUCCUAUUUUCACAACGAUCUGUAUUCCUUGUUUUGCAGUGAAACUUCCAACAUCCUAAGGUACAUACACAUUCCUCAGAAGAUCUCAGAAUCCGCAGCUUUAGUGUUCAAAUAUGUGUGUGAAAGAAAAGAUAACGCUUGAGUUGAAAUAAGCAUAUCUGGAGAGAGGGCUUAACAUGAAGGAUUUACCCUUUGGCGAGGUCCUCUGUAGGAUGACGAUGGGAAGAUGUGUGUGGGUAUGUGUGUGUGUGCGUUGCGUGUGGGUAUGUGUGUGUGCGUUGCCAAUCACUGAGUUGUGCUGCUGUUGGGGUGACUGACAUGAUGCAAUCCUCCUUUGUUCCCUCAGUGGCUUUACUAAGAUUUACCCAACGCACUUUGUCUAAGUUGCACCUCUGACCCGCGUGCACUUCACUGAAGACAGACAGAGUAUCAGUUUUUCAGAAUGAUGUCAACAUGAGGAAUGUUGAAAGGGGAUUUGAAGGCUUCAAAGCAAGAAGAGGGGAUGAAAAACAAAAUAAUGUUCAAUUAGGGAGCUGUGCAAAGUGUGUAUGAGUGUGUUAGAGCUGCAGCGAUUGGUUGACAGGGAAAAAACACGUACUUUUCGGAUUAUCGAAUACUAUUUUUCAUUGAUUAAUCGUUAGUCAAAUGUCAGAAAAUGUUGUUUUCAGCCUCUAAAAUACGGACAUUUCUGGAUUAUCUCAGUUUUAUUUUAUAUUAAAUUCAAUAUAUUUUGGUUUGUGACUGAUGAGACCAGACUUCACAUCGCUCUUUGAAAAAAAAUGAUGCAAUAUUUGUAUUUUUUCCCAACAUUUUACCAAGUGAUUAAUCGUGAAAAUAGUGGGCAGAUUUGUCGAUAAUGAAAAUAACUGUUCCAGCCCUAUUGGGGGUGUGUGUGUGUGUGUGUUGGACUAUUGACUGAUCCCGUGCCUCUGGUAGCAGAGGAAGAGCCUUUGGGUCUUGUUGGGAGGUAAACAGGAAAUACUUGAGGAAGCGUUCUGAAAGCGCUUCACUGGCAUUAUGUGUGUGUGUCGUAGGAACAGAGAGAUGUGUGCAGAUGUGCCGCUCCACUGACAUGCAUCAUACCUCCAGCACAAGUGUAACAGUCCCAUGAUAAUAUGUGCUAGUGAGGAUUCAACAUUAAAAAAGAGUCUGACUGAGACUCAACAAAAGCACAAGUUAGCAUCAUGGCUACAUCCACUAUUACCGUCAUUAUUUGGCUGAAGUGUUUUCACGCUGUCGCUCAGAUGUUUUUGUGAUGAUUAAGAUGCGUGUUUUGAUUUAUUUACUUGUUCUCUUCGAAGUUUGGUGAAGUCAAAUAGAUAUAUAUCUUAUGAUUAACAAAAUGAAUUCCAUUCUUUCUAUGAAAGUAAAGCAUCUUGUGUGGAAGAAUCACACUUCAUCCUCUAUGAUCCUGGGAUACGUGGUAUGAAUAAUAUUGUUUGUUCUCACUCAACUGCUGUGGAAAAGUAUCCAGUAUAUAUGCUGAUCAUCACAUUCUUAUGUCUUCGAUGCCUUUUUCUUUUUGAUUUUAUUAUUUCUUAUAAAGUGUAUGAUCUCUCUGUUUGUUUCUUUCUAUUUGAAGGUAACGCUUGCUAUUUUGAUUGUGUCUGACCAACAGGAAUACCUUAAGUGUAUGCUGUGUUUGAUUUGUAUAAAAUGUGGUUAAAAGUAUGUUUAAAGAACAAAAUACAUUGUUAGACGAAAAGAUAUUCAGGCCUAAUGAAGCUAACAGAGUGUGGCUUGUGGUCAUAUUUGUAUUAAAAUAAAGUUUCUAACUGAAUACUUCAA